AAGCCACUUGAGAUUGUAACGCAUCCAGCAAACCACAAUUUUGCUAACAUACCAGAGGGAAAAUAAAUAAAAUCACAAUCCUCGGUUGCUCAAGUGCCGCAUCAUCUUCACCAUGCCACAAUUAUCAUGGAUAGGGCUUGGCAAUAUGGGUAGGGUAAGUAAUGGCCACUCUCCCCGCCUUCUUUCUCAGAUAGAAGCUUUGAUCUCGGUGCGUGCUUGCGGUCCGACACGAGCUGAUAUUUCCGUCCAGGGGAUGAUCAGAAACAUCGUGGCCAAAGCGAACCUUGAAGCCCCACCCGUAGUCUUCAACCGCAGCGUACAACGCAGCGAGGAACUGCAGACUUCGUUGGGGGGUCCAGACAAACUAUCUAUCGCUGGUUCCAUAGAGGAUGCCGUCUCCCAAUCGGAUGUCAUAUUCACCUCGCUGGCCGGUGACGCAUCCGUCGUGGAGGUUAUCGAUAAAGCGCUAGGCUGCCCCAAUGGAGUUAAGGACAAAUUAUUUGUAGAGACAUCAACCAUUCUCCCUUCCACAACCAAUGCACUGGCAGAGAAAGUCCGUUCUGCGGGAGGGGAAUUCGUUGCCGCGCCAGGUAUGUUAUUAUGAAACUUUCGUGGAGAUCUCUUCUGAGAGUAAGGGUGUGCUGCAGUAUUCGGCGCACCCGCAAUGGCGGACAGUGGAAAGCUUGUUGUUGUACUCGCUGGACCCAGUGCUGCAGUAGACCGUGUUACACCUUACUGCGAAGGAAUGUGUGUACACACCACCAAGUUACCCCCUAUAAUUGCUACUGUAGUGAGAGAAAGUUGACAAUUCGGGAAAAUCAUAGAAUUGGCCGCGCAACGAUUAUCCUGCGCGACCGCGAUCCUGGAACAGCAACUCUACUAAAAGUUACGGGGAAUACAUUUGUUCUCGCGAUGGUAGGUUUUGUUCCACCUCCCUUCGCAUUACCCCCGUGCCCUGGAUGAUGACGAUUCAUGCCAUACCGGCAUACAGGUAGAGGCACUUGCCGAGGGCCACGUCUUCGCUGAAAAGAGCGGCCUUGGGCCACACGUUCUGCACUCAUUCAUCGAGGCGAUGUUCCCGGGGCCGGUAACUGCCUAUUCCGCCCGGAUGAUGGGCGGUGAUUACAUGCGUGAUCAGGUGAGAGGCAUGAACGCGAUCUGGUCGGGCCGCGAUGCAUAUCCUCGCAUAGUGUACUAAAUCCUUAUCAAGCCCUUAUUUUCCGUGGAUCUCGCAAGAAAGGAUGCCAACCACGCUCUGAACUUGGCGGAAGGAGCGGGCGUAGACUUGAAAAUAGUCAAGGUGGUGAGAGCCCACCUGGAAGAACUCAGAACGGAAGCGGGGCCAACAGGGGAUUUACCAGGGCAAGUCUAUUCUCUCUUCUGGAAACGGCCACUAGUACUGCUCUUGCUUGAUCAAAGCUAACAAUGUGUCCCAGGAUCUACGGAGUCGUUCGGAAGGAGAGUGGAUUGGAUUUUUCUAAU